AUGGAUCGUGCCCAUCGUCUCGGUCAAACCCGGCAGGUCACGGUCUACCGCCUCAUCACUCGCGGCACAAUCGAAGAGCGUAUCCGCAAGCGUGCUUUGCAGAAAGAAGAAGUGCAGCGCGUCGUCAUCACAGGCGGAGCCUCCGGCGGCGUCGACUUCAACACCCGGGCUCGCGAGAACCGCACCAAGGACAUUGCCCUCUGGCUUGCCGAUGACGACGAGGCCGAACUCAUCGAGCAGAAGGAGAAAGAGGCCAUCGAGCGCGGCGAGGCCCUCGGCGCAAAGGGCGGCAAGAAAGCCACCCAGAAGCGCAAGCGGGACCUCACGCUCGACGACAUGUAUCACGAAGGCGAGGGUAACUUUGACGACGCCAGCAAUAAGCCUUCUGGCGCAGCGACCCCGGCCGAAGAGCCAGUCGAUACACCAUCCUCGACGCCGGCCAAGCGUGGACGUGGCCGUGGACCGGGCAAAGGAACCUCCAAACGCGCAAAGACCACCAAAGAGCGCCUCCGUCUCAUUGACGGCGAUGGCGGCCUUGAUUAA